UCACUGCAGAGAGCAGAAUGGAGAUGAGUGAGAAUAUGUAUGAAAAUUCAGGAUACACUGCAGACAGAAAACGGCAUGACGGCAAGAAUGUCUAUGAAAACAUGCAUGCGAAUGGACAUACUGAGACCCGAAGAACAGGAAACAGACGGGAAUCUGAGAGCUCAGGAUAUGAAACAAUUGGGAGCAGAAGCUGCAGGUGGGCUGCAGUGUGUCUGGGGCUGCUGUGUGUUCUCCUGCUGGCUGCCACCACAGUGCUGUGGGUUAAGUUAAACAAACUGACUACAGAGUGGGAUAAGUUACAGACCAGUUACACCAACCUGACUAGAGAGAGAGACCAGUUAGAGACAAGCUACAAAAGCCUGACUGUAGAGAAGGAUGGUCUUCAGCAGAAACUUUCCUAUUUGGCCGACCAGCAGGGAUGGAUCUACUUCAGCUCCAGUGUUUACUACAUCUCUACUGAGAAGAAGAACUGGAGUGAGAGCAGACAGGACUGCAGACAGAGAGGAGCAGACCUGCUGAUCAUAAACAGCAGAGAAGAACAGAAUGAUUAG